UAUUCUAAUAUAUUUAUCUCGUUGGCCUCAUUCCUGGAAAUUCAAUACUCCUGGAAAUAUAAAUUAACAAUUAGUAUUAUUAUCACUCGACGGUUCAGUGAAUUUGGUAUCAUGUUACCAUGUAAGGAUUCUCCUUAUGAUGCGUCUGUGUGUACCGCUUGUAUAGUACACUUGAGACACCAGAUAGAACUGUGUAGUGUGGAACGUGCAAAAAAGAACGCCAAUCGUACGACCUUGACCGGAGCCUGCGUGUGUAGCGGCCAGAAGAAGAAGGAAACCAUUGGAGCCCUUGAAAGGAGAAUUGGAAAGUAUGCCGGCAAAAUUCAUGCGAGCGACCUUGACUACAUUUUUCCCCUUGACUUCUUGGAUACUCCGUGCUUUCCGUCUGAAUCUAUUGGUGGUGGCGAAAAAUGGCCGCCCUCAGCGACUACAUUGUAG